UUUUUCAGACUGUGGGAAGACCUGUGUUGUUUACCGAUGGAGCCUGCAACUGAGGCGGCUCAGGAGCCGAUAAGAUUAAAAUCAAUUAAAAAUGGCAAGACUUUUACGGUUCCACAAAAAGACAGGCUUGGGAACUGCAGAAGUGUCAAGGAGUUUGAGAAAUUCAAUCGGAUAGGAGAAGGAACCUACGGCAUUGUGUAUCGAGCUCGAGACACAAAAACAGAUGAGAUUGUUGCACUGAAGAAGGUCCGGAUGGACAAUGAGAAAGAUGGUAUACCAAUCAGUAGCUUACGAGAGAUAACCCUGCUGCUUGAACUGAGACAUCCCAACAUAGUGGAGCUCAAGGAAGUUGUGGUGGGAAACCAGCUCGAAAGCCUCUUUCUAGUCAUGGGGUACUGUGAGCAGGACCUGGCAAGCCUUCUGGAAAACAUGCAGUCUCCCUUCUCAGAAGCACAGGUAAAGUGUAUUUCCCUUCAGCUGCUAAAAGGGCUGGCAUAUCUUCACCACAACUUCAUCCUCCACAGGGAUCUGAAGGUCUCCAAUCUACUCAUGACAGAUAAAGGUUGUGUUAAGAUAGCGGACUUUGGAUUGGCUCGGGUCUACGGUGUUCCCUUGCAGCCAAUGACACCCCGCGUUGUUACACUGUGGUACAGAGCUCCAGAGCUCCUCCUGGGCUCCAAGACGCAGACCACGGCCCUGGACAUGUGGGCGGUGGGCUGCAUCCUGGCUGAGCUGUUGGCCCAUAAGCCUCUGCUGCCAGGCAGCUCAGAGAUCCAGCAGGUGGACCUGAUAGUGCAGCUGCUGGGGACGCCCAAUGAGAACAUCUGGCCGGGCUUUUCCCGCCUGCCUCUGGUCGGUCAGUACAGCUUGAGGAAGCAGCCGUACAACAACCUCAAGAACAAGUUCACCUGGCUGUCCGAAGCGGGCCUGCGUUUGCUCAACCUACUCUUCAUGUUCAACCCUCAGCGCAGGGCGUCUGCUAAAGAUUCCUUGGAAAGCUCCUACUUUAAAGAAAAGCCUUUGCCAUGCGAACCGGAGCUCAUGCCAACGUUCCCACAUCAUCGCAACAAAAGGCAUGGCCCACCUACUGAAAUCCAAUCAAAACGCAGCAAAGUAUGAGCUUCAUAAUGCUCUCAGCCGUGCAGACUAGCCAACUGGGAAUUAUGGAACAAACAAGGAGACAUCAUCUACCCAUAACUCUCAAUUUGUGGACGUUGAGGGUCAAGAGAAAGCUUUAUGCUAUCCAGCUACAAAUGAGAGUGUAUAUAGUUGUAUUAAACAGGUCACUACAAUUCUAGCUGCAGUUCAGUACACAAGCCACACCACAAUAGAUUACUUUCAUUAGUAGUUGUACAAUACAAAGUAUAGCUAAUCUUUCUGCAAUGCAAGAAAUGGCCAUGUGCCUGGUUUACGUUGGUGCAAACUACCUUAAUUGUCCCUAGAGGGGAAGAGGGACCAUUGACUGUGCCUCUCUGGAAUUGUCUAAUGUACGCACAGAUCAUCGCAAGCUUAUGUAGUCUUCAUAGCACUCCUGCUUUUUUCCUCAAUGUGUUCUUAGAGGAUUCAUAAAGUCCCACUUCACUGCUGUAAUGUAUUGUUUCUGGACAUGUGUGAAGAAAUGUAUAGGAUGAAAGUGGCCUGAUUUCUUGUAAAGUCAUCAAACUUGCUGUAACAGACUGACUCAGGACUGUCACAGCUUGGGAGAGGUUUUUUUUU